AUUAGAUAAAAACCACCAAUCACCUACGAGCAUGAUUGUUCCGACCAAUCAGGACGAAGACGCUCCGUUUCGUCACAGCCAAGAGCCAAGCAGAAACACGUCGUGACAUAAUGCGCAUCAUGCUAUCAUCAUACAAGUACAUUUUACGAUGGCCGAAGUACUUCCAUCAUCGUCUGCUAACGAACCUAACGAAGCAGCUAUCAAAGAAGAGGAUGAUUCGCCUUCAGGAAGCAAGAAAAUCAAGCUUACUACCGAUCAUCCAACACCAGUCGAAGGAUGUAAGACAGAAAACUUGGAGUAUCGUUUAGGAGGCAUUCUUUGCUGCGCAGUUUGUUUGGAUCUGCCGAAAACCGCCAUUUAUCAGUGUACAAAUGGUCACUUAAUGUGCGCUGGUUGUUUCUCUCAUUUGUUGGCUGAUGCACGUUUACGAGACGAAACAGCGACUUGUCCUAAUUGUCGUAUUGAAAUUAGCAAGAUUUCGGCGACUCGUAAUUUAGCUGUCGAAAAAGCAGUCAGCGAAUUACCUUCGGAAUGCCAGUUUUGUGGUAAAGAUUAUCCGCGUAAUUUAAUCAGUCGGCACGAGCAGUCGUUAUGCAAUGAAAGAAUCACCAUCUGUCGAUAUAGUCGUAUCGGUUGUCCUUGGCGAGGACCAUUUCACGAGCACGCAGAACAUGAGAAAGUUUGCCAAUUCCCUUGUACGACGGGAGCUCAAAUAUUGGAAGUGCUUGACGUAAUCGACAAGAAAAAUCAAGAAGAAAAGUGUUUAUAUGAUUCGAUCUUCGAUCUGUUAUCUUACGAACACAUCGUUCUCAAUGACUUACAAUUGAAACCAUACAGAACGGACGAAUUCAUCCAUAAAUUGUACUACGAAUCGCUUCGAUUUUCCGCAUUUAAUUAUCAAUGGGUUGUGAAAACACGUAUCAAUGAUUUUCAACGUGAUCCGGCGCUCAGUUGCCAACGUGAAAUGUCCUAUCAAUUAUCGUUGAAAAGCAAAAUAUCGGUGCCAAUGAAUAUUCAUUAUAUGGUUUUGAAAGGACCUUCCAGCGACAUAAAAUUGAAAGCGAGAAUUUACAAAUUUGAAUUUACAGAACUUGAAAAUGAAGCUCCGUAUGUCAAGUUACCUUUGUUGAACACCGCAGAAUGUAAUCGCUUAUUAGCUGCCAGAACUAUCAGUUUUAGCGAUGAAAAUUUCAGUAUUUUAAGUACUACGGAAUUUCAGGUAAAAAAAUUUCUAUUUCGUAAUUUGAAUAAUACGUAAUUAACGAACAAAAUUUUGGGUUUGAAAUCUGAUCCGAGAUUUUGUUCGUUUCUGGUAUCACCCCAGAUCAAGUAAGUACUACUCGUUCAAGUGUUAAGACAUCAUAAUUCUGUCAAACAAUUGUUUCAUAUUUGUUCUGCUCCAUUCAGUAUUAUUUAUUUGUGUAAGUGGGUAAUCAUUUCAUUUCACAUAGUUUGCAUUUAUCUUGUUUUAUGUUAUGUUUUGCUGGAAAAAACUGAAUAACUGAAUUUUUUCCUUAUUGUUAGGUUGAUAAUGUUUCUCCUUCCCAGAUAGGACGACUUAUUUUUCACGUUGGACGUGUUCAAGUGAGAUCUACAAGGUAAGUUUGUAAGAUUUAAUUUCGACGCAAUGUGUUUUUUAUUUUAGAAAAUUUGUACUAAUUAUAUUGUAAGUAAUCCGCAUGUUUACUAUUUCGAUGUACGAGAUUUAAUUUCUCUUUCCAAAUUGAUGUACCUUUACGUUUUGAAAUGUCGACUAUCGAUAAAAUACUCUUGUAAAAUUGAUUAUUGUUUAUCAUAUCGUUUUUGAAGAGAAAUAGCGAAAAAUAAAAUUGUAACUUUUCAUUAUUUUUGUUUAUUAAAUAUUGUACGUUUCUCUUAAUUAUCCUAAAAGAAAAAUGUUUUCUAUUUUGUUGGCUUUGUCGUGUUUCAUAGAUUUUCUUUGUAAUAAGUAUUAGUUUUCGCUCGUUUUUACGAUAAUCCAGUGAAAAGACGAGCACUCUUUAAAAUGUAAAUGUACUUUGUAAGAAUUCAAAUACAUUUAAAUCACCGAUAGUACAA